CUCCAGGAAAUGGCGACUGCUGACAGGAAGUUUGGCAUCCACCUCCCCCAACCUCCUGAGUGGACAGGGGCCCUGGGCACCACUUCAGAGGUCUGCCAGCACACGCUUGGCUUCUAGGGGCCAUGAAGCCCCCAGGAGGAGAAUCGAGCAAUCUUUUUGGAAGUCCAGAAGAAGCUACUCCUUCCAGCAGGCCUAAUAGGAUGGCAUCUAAUAUUUUUGGACCAACAGAAGAACCUCAGAACAUACCCAAGAGGACAAAUCCUCCAGGGGGUAAAGGAAGUGGUAUCUUUGACGAAUCAACCCCCGUGCAGACUCGACAGCACCUGAACCCACCUGGAGGGAAGACCAGUGACAUUUUUGGGUCUCCGGUUACUGCCACUUCACGCGUGGCACACCCAAACAAACCCAAGGAUCAUGUUUUCUUAUGUGAAGGAGAAGAACCACAGUCGGACCUGACAGCAGCAACAAGCAUCCCAGCUGGAGCACAGCCAGGUGAGAAAGGCAGCGCCAAAGAAGCAGGCCUCGCCAAGGAGCAGGAGCCCACGCCCACAGUCGACAGCCAUGAGCCCCGGCUGGGGCCGCGGCCUCGCUCUCACAACAAAGUCCUAAACCCACCGGGAGGCAAAUCCAGCAUCUCCUUCUACUAAGAGAAGCCACUGCUCCACCCGGAGCCAGACCAGAAACUCAAGAGAUAGGGUAGCAAUGUUUUCAUUUCCUUUUGCCCAAAUGAGCGGGGUGGGAAGAGGGUUAGUCGUGUGUGAGCCUGGCUGCUCAGCGUCUCCACGGCUGUCUUGAGAGCUGCCUGGAGACCCGUGCCUUCCAGACGGCUGGGAGGUGCCUCUGUGGGGAUGAAAUGGGGCACCCCUAACCAUCGCUCGUGUGUAGGCCAGGUUUGAGAGGAACUGGAAGGGGGGUGAGGGUGGGGAGGUGGGGCAGGGCAUGGUCCUUGGAUCGAGAGUCUGCCAGCUGACUGGAUGUCUAGGAAUGACUGAAAGAAACCAAAACAACCUGUCUGCCGCUGCUGUUCAAUGGAGGAGGCGUAAGCAGAAACACUAACAGUAUAUUGCCCUCUUAGCAGAAUGGCUUCCAUUCUGGAGAUCACGGCUGCUAAAUCCAGCGUCCCCACUUCAUUUUACCCCCAGCGUAUUUGUUCUGCAGUCUUUUCUUGAAACAUCUUGAUUGCUUUUCCUCGGCAGCUUUCAAAAAACCAAAUAGUUGUUAUCUGUCUUCUGCUUUAUGGAAGACUUUUUUGGUGCCCUGACCCUCUGAAGUGCCCAGUUCCUGCCAUCUGAAACCUUGGCCUGAUCUGAUCUCAUGUCAGAGGGCUGGUCUUGGUCCUUUACAUGCCAGUUUUGCUUGUGAGUUCUUCCUUUUUCCCUCUUAUCAGCCUUAAGUCUAGGCCUCUGUUGUUCUCCAAUGAGGUAGACAGUUCCCUUCACAAGCCACAGUUCUUCCCAUAAAUGAGGCCUACUGACCUCUGCGGGACUUUCCAAAUCUAUUCAGAUACAUAUGAGUAAGUGGCUUAUUUAAGUUCUUCCUGUGUCUGUCUUUAUUCCUUAAUUGGUUGGUGGAAAGAAGAGAUGCUUGGGAACCUUGGGUUCUUAGGUUUGAAUUCUUUAAUAAUAUCUAAAAAGCUAUUUUUAAAUACCAGCUUUACAUAAAUGAUUGUUGACUCUGGUCUGUUUCUGACACCUUUCCAGAAAAAAGUCAGUUGUACAGGUACACCAAAGAGGAAGAAGAGCUGUGUAGGCCACCCUCUACAAAGCUUUAUAGAACCUCUGGAUCUAACUCACAAACAAGCUUCCGGAAGAGACGACAGACCUUAGGCCAGGAGAUGAAAGAGUUCAGUAGCAAAGUCACACCUGUCCAAUUCCCUGAGCUUUGCUCACUCAGCUAAUGGGAUGGCAAAGGUGGUGUUGCUUUCAUCUUCAGGCAGAAGCCCCUCCCCAUCUCCCUAAAGGGCUGCAAGCUCAGUUCUUAUGCUCUCCUUGGGUGGGCAUCUGUUAACAGAGGAGAAUGUCUGGGUGGUGGCAGCUUUGCUCUGAGUGCCUACAAAGCUAAUGCUUGGUGCUAGAAACAUCAUCAUUAUUAAACUUUAGAAAAGCAGCAGCCGUGUCCAGUGAGGCUCACGCUGCCUCAGUGCUUAAGUGCCUGCAGACGCUGCCUGCCAAGCUCCCCUUCCUACACCUGGCACGCUGAGGGGUCUGCACAAGGCUUUGUCAACCAAAGACAGCUCCCCCUUUUGAUUGCCUGUAGACUUUGGAGCCAAGACACACUCUGUGUGACUCUGCAUACACCUCACGUGGUUUAGCUACACCUCACGUGGUUUAGCUUCAAAGUCAUUGAUGCAACUUAAAAGGAAACAGUUUAAUGCUGGAAAUGAACUACCAUUUAUAACUUUUUUUUUUUAAUUGAGAAAAUGAUUCACGAAUUCCAAAUCAGAUUGCCAGGAAGAAAUAGGACAUGACCGUACUGGGAUCUGUGAUUCUCCCAGCCCCUGCUGUCCACUAGGUGAGAGGAAAAACUCUUUACUUCUGCCCCUGGCAGGGACUUCUGGGUGAUGGGAGAAACCAGAGAUGGGAAUGAGGAAAAUAUGAACUUUAGCAGAAGCCUCUGGGCAGCUGUGACGGAGCCCCUGACGUUACUUUUCUCGCAUCUGUCCCGCCUUCUUUCCCUCUGCGAGGCUGUGGGGCGGGAUUCAGAGUGCUUAGUCUGGUCACUGGGAGAAGAGGAGUUCCUGCACAUGCAAGUCCUGCUCUGUGGCUGUCAUUUGCAUUUGGGAGGUGUUCUGUACGUCUGUAUGUUGGGGACUGCCUGUAUUGGAAGGUUUAAAAACCUAGCAUCCUGUUCUCACCCUCUAAGCUGCAUUGAGAAAUGACUUGUCUCUGUAUUUGUAUUAAGCCUUAACACUUUUCUUAAGUGCAUUCGGUGCCAACAUUUUUCUAGAGCUAUACCAAAACAAAAAGCCUGUACUCACAUCACAAUGUCAUUUUGAUAGGAGCGUUUUGUUAUUUUUACAAGGCAGAAUGGAGUGUAACAGUUGAAUUAAACUUAGCAAUCAUGUGCUCAGAGCCUUUGCUGUCAGUUGUGUGUGUCCCUUACAGUCCCUUCCCCCACAGCUCUUCUUGCUGAAAGGGUUUGCCUGUUUGUUUUGUUUUGCAUUUAGCCAGAGGAUGCCAAAAUUAAUCUUCUCAAAGCUUUGAGUACAAUAAUUGGGGGAAUAAGCCAGCUUUGUUUUCUGUUUCUGUAACUUAAGUGAAGGGUUUUUUCCCCCUUGUAUACCACUUGUCCUAACAUAUCCUUAAAGUGUUGAACCUGCCUCUGGCCUGGCCUGCAAUGCGUAGGUCAGGAGAAGCAGAGAGCUUGUCAUGUUCAGGUCCUGUCAAGAAAACAGGUGGGCAUGGUGACUCGGGCCUCUAGUCUUUGGGAGGCCAGGGUGGGAGGAUUACUUGAGCUCAGGAGUUUGAGACCAGCCUGGACAACAUACUGGGACCCUGUCUCUACAAAGAAACUUUUUUAAAUUAGCCGGGUGUGGUGGUACAUGCCUGUAGUCCCAGCUACUCUGGAGGCGGAGUGAGACAGGAGGAUCCCUUGAGACCAGGAGGUUGAGGCUGUAGUGAGUGAUAAUCAUGCCACUGUACUUCAGCCUGGACCACAGAGCAAGACCCUGUGU